GGAAAAUUCGACUCGCGCUAGCACGACGAGUUGCGCGCACGGCCGAGGCGACAUUCGAAGUUUGACAGUCUAGCGAGCUGGUCGUGAAAAAUCAAAAUUGUACCGUGAGUGUGAGCUGUAUCGUUUUCGUGCCAUUUGUGAAAUUUUAAGUGUAGAUCCUGCAGUCUGAAGCGAAGUGUGUUCCCCCGCAGUAAAAAAAAGGAUAAAAAUUCCUAAAGUGUAAUCUUGUGACUCGAAGACAGCGCGAAAUCCAGUUCUGGACGCAGCUCGAAUUAAAAGCCCUGUUGUGUAGAGCAGCGCGACUGAAACGAAUCCGAAGACAUAAAUUAGCGCAGUCAGCUCAGUCCCGAAGCAGUCAGCAAACCAACGGUCGCCGAGCGGAGCACGAAGUUCUGUUUUCAAGAUCUUCAACAACUCUAGGAGCAUUUAAAUCUAUACAGAUAUGGCAAAUUUGAUGACAGUUCGUCUACAGCGUGGCGAAGGACAGGCCUGGGGAUUCCGUCUCCAAGGGGGCAAGGAUUUUUCUUCACCACUGGUACUGCAGCGGGUAAAUGGCGGAAGCGUUGCUGAUCAGGCUGGUCUGUUGCCCGGCGAUGCACUAGUUAAGGUUAACAACACCGAGGUAUUCAAUCUCAGACACAAGGAAGCACAGGACGUGAUUAUUGCCGCCGGGAAUUCGUUCGAGCUCACAGUUUCCAGAGGGACCGCCUGGAAACCCUCGGUAACCCCAACUGGCUCACUCCCAUCGCCAUCGCCAACGCUUGCCGGCAAUAUAACCCCAGUUACGAAAACAUCUCUGGCUGCCACUCCACAACCCGCGCAGCACAUCGGCAGUGGACACAACCAAGCCGCCAAACCGUUCCCCGCGACAGCCCUUUCUCCUGCUCCACAACAACAGCAACAAGUCAACGGUGGUGAAGGUCCAAUCAAGAGCAUCGUAAAUAAGCAGUAUAACACACCGGUCGCCAUGUACAGUGACGAAACUAUUGCGGAAACCCUCUCCUCCCAGGCUGAGGUUCUUGCUGGUGGUGUUUUGGGUGUCAACUUUAAGAAAAACGAACGGGUAUAUUCGCCAGCCAACUCCGAGGUUUACAAGCUGCUACAUGAGCAGGGCAACGAACCAGAACCAGUCGAUCCACCAACCUCGCCUACAUCAGUCAACCAUCAGCAAAAGCAACAGUAUCCACAGCAACAAGUUCAGCAGAAUUAUCAACAACAGCAGCAUCAACAACAGCAGUACCAACAAACCAACAGCGUCACAAAGCACGUCACUGCACCGGUUGAUAAACCACCGGUGGCCACAAACGGUAUUCCAGCUGGUCAAAACAUUUGCAACUCGUGUGAACGUCUUAUUGUUGGCGUGUUCGUGCGCAUCAAGGACAAAAAUCUCCACGCCGAUUGCUUCAAGUGCGCCACCUGUGGAUCGUCACUCAAAAAUCAGGGAUAUUUCAAUCUGAACAACAAACUGUAUUGCGAUAUCCACGCUCGGUUGGCGGCACUCCAGAGCCCCCCGCCCGGUACCAACGGAAUGGUUCCGGUAACCACCAUCAAACCCGGACAAAAAUCUGGAGUCCAAGCAAUCUCAGCAGCUCUCAACGCUCACGCCAAUCUGAACGGUCGUUCCCUGUCGCCGUACGCCAAUAACCAGCAGCAGCAGCAAUCAACGAGCAGCGGUGGCAGCAGUGCUCAGUCUCCGUCACACUCCCGAUCGAGCAGUACGACAUCGUCGAGCGGAUACUGCAACUCGAGUUCCCUUUCGCCGGUCCAGUCGAACAAAGUGUCCCCGAGGCACUCGCGCACCAGUAGUGAGAACGAACUGAUCCUCGAACCAUCGUCCAACGGUGGAACGACCCCGGCAAAGACCAUCUAUACAACGCAGUGUGAAUUAAAUUUUCCACCACCGCCACCGCCCCCGCUAGCAGCAGCAGCCCUUGCCAAACCGUACCGUAGGAUGGAAAAUCCGGAUGGUCCCGUUGAAAUGCUUCAGCGGCAGCAGCCUCCAGUUGAGGUGGUCGAUCCGAGCUCGUUUGGUCCCAAUGGACUAGCCGUGCCCCAGGAACAGCCCGCCGAUUCAACGGAUGCUGCUACCAAUGGAGCUGUUACGCAAAACGACUUCGGAUUUUUCUACAAAACCAUGGGUGGAUCCGUCAUCCGGAGUGUAUUUCCGCCUUCAACCAGCUCGCGAUACAAGAAUCAAAACAACAUAACCCCGAAACCAUUCGGGGCACCGCUGCCGGUUAGCUCUCUGGCUCAACAUCCGGCAUCUUAUCCACCGGUGACCGGAAGCGUACCAACUCCAUUCGCAGCCGCUAUAACCGGUCAGGCUCCGGCUCCCGCUGCUGUAGCAUCGCUGCCAGCUUCCUAUCCACCGGUUUCGCCGGCACCAGCUCCGGCUGCGGCCAGUCCAUUCGCUCCGACUCCAGCUGCUGCUGUGCCAACUCAACAAGGCGAUGUGCUGCAAAACGGAACCCAGGAGGAAUGCGAUGAAGAACAGGUACAGAAACCAACCGAAUCUCCCGUCCCAAGUUUCACCUGGCCUCCGAAGCGCAUCGUUGAUGAAACUAUCCCAACCGCAUCCCCCAUUUACAUCCCGCCUCCGGAAACCCAGCGAGUGGUCGCAAAAGAACCGAUUGUAGUACCACCGCCGCCGCAGUCCAAAGACAAAAACAAAUCUCCACCGAAAGCUACGAUGGCUCAAAGCAAAUCCGCACCGGAGCUCAAUAGAAGACAAAGUGAUGCACACUAUCAACAUCAACAACAGGAUCAGGAAGAAGAAUGUUACGAGACCUACGCCACGACUACCACAUCAACGUCUGCCUCAUCGGAAGAGUAUCGAAUGUAUACCACGCAGACGUCGCAACCAAUUGUUACGUACUACGACACCCCCGUAAUCGAGAUGGACUUCCCAUUCUCGUCUGGUCAGAGAAGUAACCAAGCAAGUACCGGCGCCAUGUCGGAUGCUUCGUACACUCAUUUUGUGUUCCGCGACACUCCGCUAAUAGAAUCCGUUGAACCAUCUAUGGAACCGUCUGUCGAACCGGAACCGACUAUAGAACGAACGAAAUCUCCUCAAGGGCGCUAUUCAUCCAAACAACAGAAACGUGUCGAAUUUCUUGAUUAUAGCAAAGAACUCGCCAAUUACCUGAGAGCUGAAGACGCUAAGCGAGCGGCAGAGCAACAGAGUCAGGUAGAAAUUGAGGAAGUCGCCGAAGAAUUCACAAUUCCACAUUACGAACUACCAUUAAUCAAAUCACCCAAUCCCAUGAUCAAUUUACCAAAGAAAAUCGUUCCAAACCCAGUUCCCAAACAGUGGCAGAGCAAGCUUGUACAGGCCUUGUGUACUGCUCCUAAUGAGCCGCUACACUUUACCAAUGAACAAAUUGAGGAAGCAAACUUCAUGAAAUCUCGCAACGAAGCGUACGCAAGGGAACAGGAGGAGAAUAAGUUACGUCAGCUGGAGGCUUUGAAGAGGCAGGUCGAUGCCUUGGAACGCCGCAUGGCUAAGAAUAAAGUAGAACCUGAACCGGAACCUCAACCGUACCCUCCACUCGACAUCCCACGAAAAGGUUCAAUAAUGGCCAAAGUACUUGCGAGCUCAACCACCAAAUCGGAACGAUUUCCUAAAUAUCUCCCCGCACCGGUCGUUCCACUUCCUGCCGAUUCGACUCCAUACUUCCCACCACCACACACGAUGGAGCCGAUCCGAAGCGAAAAAAUAUCAUCCAUGCGCGUAUCACCCUUCCUGGAAGCAUUGACUACAGCCCCUUAUACUCCGUUUCAGAAAUUUGGUCAUGAAAUACCUUCACAAAUGGAGAAUAUGCCGGUGCCGACUGGUCGAAUAUCGAUGACGGAUGCUCUGUCAACGGCCCCGGAACGGCCCUAUACACCGUUUACCGAAGUGCAGUUCGAGCGUUCGGAUAUGUAUCAAAAGUUGUUACACGAGCAACCUUCGAUCCAGGUUGACCCGGGGCAAAACUAUUCGGCGUUUGCCAGUGUAGCAGGAAAUCGAUCGCCAGUACCGUUCAAACCGAUCAUAUCGGAGAUCCGUGAUGAACCGAACGAACAACCACAGCAGGAACCGGAACCUGAAUCCAAACCAGAACCCGAACCGAAACCCGAACCUGUCAUAGAACAGAAACCGGAAAAACUUAAAAAUAAGAAACCCCCAUACCCGAAGAAAGACGCUGGAUCCGAACACUAUUCGCUCGCUGCGCGCAGAGAGGUCAAGUCACCACUCAAUCAUCCAGCAGAAAUCCCAACUUACCAGCGCAAGUGGUACAACCUUCCGACUCAAAAUCCCCCGCGCACGCCGGAGCCGGAAGAACUCCGUCAGAACGUCCCGGUGGCAUUUGUAGAUACUCAUUCUAGGUCCCAUCUUGCAAAGCCAAUCGCUCAACCUGUAAAUAUCAAAGAUCAAGCUACGCCGAAAAAAAUGCAUGCAUUCACAACCAUUCAAAACCGUACCAUCCCAGUCAUACAGACGCCCCUGGAGGAAGAUGCCGAGUUGGCACAGUACAACUAUGCCCACUCAAGGCUCCAAGCCAAGGGAGUAGUCGACCGUGGUCAAUCAUUUACUCCGUCGUUAAUUCUUUCGAAACAUCCGACAACGAUACCGUACUAUCAGCACCAGCUGGGAUUCGAAGAGUACUUUGCAGAAUCUAAAGAGUUUGACGGGCGUCGUACUCCGCAAGUGGUUCGUAAAUCACCAGCCUUCGGACCACCUCCGAAUCCGCUGAAGGCAUAUGUGCCUCCUUCGCGCGAAGGCAUUCCCGUCGAGUCGGGAUUGUAUCUAUCGAUGGGUAAGCUACACGGUGUUCCUUGGUACACCAAUAAAGAUCAUAUUCCGGCAGAUAUUCAGCAAAAGAUGCAACAGCAGCAGCAUGGCCUUGGCGGAGGGUAUGACGUCACUCGUCAGCAUAGGAACGUUAGCUAUCAGGACAAACCGAUGACAACAUUUACUGAGCAGCAUGGCGAUACGACCGUUCAGACCCGUUCCCAGGAGAGCGCAAUGAGGGACCAGGCAUCAUCCGAAAGAACAACAGCAAGUGCAUGUCAGGUAGGGAAUGCUUUAAUCCAAAAGCGCACUAGAGUAGUUGAAGAGCACGAGCAUACCCAAGCGGCCAGUACCGUUGAAAUCGCUAAAUUCUCUACGAAAAUCAAGGAAGAUGAGGCCCCUCCGAAAGGAUAUGUAGCCCAGCAAACCAGAAGGUUCUCGGGGCAAGAUGAUGCAUUGAACGUGCCACCACAACUUCAGGAGCAAUCUACCGUACCAGAGGCACCAGUACAACAUCAACAACAACAGCAGGCCGUACAAUCUUUCCCACCGAGCGUCCCAAAAACGACUGGCGCCUUUCCGUCGGUAGCACUCUUUCCCGAGCCUGUGGUAGAUAAAUUCCCAACUAAAAGUUCCCGCAAAGCGAGCAUUCUUUUGCCUACCAUAAAAGCACCGCGAUCACCAACUCCGACCUCCAAUCAGGGUACCGGAUUCAAAGCUCAAUUCAAUGAGUUCAUGGUUGGUGAGGGUACACUGCUUCCACUGCCACCGCAGCGAGAGGACAGUACCAAAGAACUAACCCAGUCGUGGCCACCGCAACUACCAUCCUAUCUAUCUAACACUAACCCAACCGUCGGAGCGCAGUCCUCUAUGAAGCCACCGUUGCCAUCAGCCCCUGCACACGUGGCUCCGGCAACACUCAAUGGUCACAGGCCUUCUAUUAACAACAGCAGCAUGGGCUUCAGUAAUAACCUUGGCAGCAGUCGAAGCAAUAAUACUGAUCGAUCUGAUGCUAGCGCAGGUUCCGGUUUAUUGAACAAGGGACGGGCUGCCUGUUCUACCAGUGCUCCAACCCGUGGACGUGGUGUCUUGAACAAGGCCGUCGGACCUGGCGGCCGAGUUCCACUGUGUGGCUGCUGCAAUCAGCAAAUCAGGGGUCCAUUUAUCACCGCUCUUGGCCGUAUCUGGUGCCCGGACCACUUCAUCUGCCACAACGCCAACUGCAAACGUGCACUGGCGGAUAUUGGAUUCGUCGAGGAGAAGGGCGAUCUGUACUGCGAGUACUGUUUUGAAGAGUUCCUGGCCCCAGUGUGUAGCAAGUGUAACAUCAGAGUGAAGGGUGAUUGUCUGAACGCGAUCGGCAAACAGUUCCACCCCGAGUGUUUCAAGUGCACCUACUGCGGUAGACAGUUCGGCAAUAGUCCGUUCUUCCUGGAGGAAGGCGAUCCCUACUGUGAGAACGAUUGGAAUGAACUGUUCACGACCAAGUGCUUUGCCUGUGGAUUCCCCGUGGAAGCCGGCGAUAAAUGGGUGGAAGCCCUGAACAACAACUACCACAGUCAGUGCUUCAACUGCACCAGCUGCAAGAAGAACCUCGAAGGACAAAGCUUUUUCGCUAAGGGUGGACGUCCAUUCUGUAAAAACCACGCUCGCUAAAAGGGUCCACUCUCCCGGAUGGUUGACAAAAGUGCAUAAGAAGGGUCAACUGUUUUUCCUUUAAGUUUUUAUCUGUUGCACAUAACUUCUUUAUUUUCGAUUGCUAUAUCUAUAUAGUUUUAUAACAAAACUCGAGAAUCACAGCGCGAAUGGCGAGAAGUUUUCAUCAAUCAUUAACAUGUUCGAAACCAAAAAUUCUUCACAAAAACAACGCACGCACACGCUCGCACCCGAGUCCUGGCAGUUGACAGUCAUUCAUCAUUGGAAUCCAGAUAAAUAUCUCAUUCAUAAACAAAAAUCAUAACCCCCAUCAAAAACACUAACGAUACGCAGCUUUCAAUUUAGAGCAACAUCAUUCACUAAAGUUGAAAAAAGUGUGCAUAAAGGGAGAGAAUAGAAGAAAGAGAAAGAGAGAGAGGUACACCGCAACAUGCUUUCCGCAGGAAAGCAUAAAAGCUUUCAGCGUUUCAUUAUGUUGACCGCAUGUAAAGUUCACAGUGUUUGGCGCUGCUAGUAGCUGAGAGAAACUUGAAUCCCACAUCGUCAUCCACACUGCUAUGCAAUUAUUGAAAGCAUGGCGAUCUUGAAACAUUUCAGAAGACUUAGUUGCCUUCUGAAAUCUUUCAGCAUGCGUGGGAAAUGAAUACUUUAGGUAAUCAGUCAAGCUACAAUUUUAUUCGACUAAUCUAAAGAAAAUUUAUUCUAAGUAUGCGUAUAAGAGUAAACAGAAGAGAUGAUAUCAUUUAUUUUAUUUUAUUUGAAACGUAUGUAGGAAUGCAAAAGUGUCUGCGCACUUUUUCUUCGUUAUCAAAUUCAAAAGCAGCUAUUUAAAUUUUAGCAACAAAACAACAGAAACUGUUUAACACGGAAAGUUUUGUAACUUUAGACAAAAAGAGGAACAUUAUUUACAACCAACUAUGUAAAAAAUACUUAAGUCUCGCUACUACUUCUUGGUUUAACCGACAAGCGGAGAGUAGAGGAAAAGAACAUAUGUCCAAAAAGUUUUGUGUGUGAUAAAUUGUAAAAAAUACGUUUUUAUUUAAAUUUUAUUUAAGCCCAAUAUUGCAGAAGACGAAGGAUAAAUUGAAGUUGUUUAGAAUGAGAGUACUAGAAGAAGGGAAAUUAUUUAAGGAAUCGCAUUGCUGACAUCGCGGAGAAUAGGAUGCUUUAUUUUUACGCUUCAAAUAUCAGUUCAAUAUCUUUGGUUAUUUGAAAAGAAAAAAAAAACAAUGGCAACCGAUGUAUAAACAGACGUAAGAAAGUUGAGUUAAUAAAAUAAAGAACUCUUGCAUUGUA